GUUUCGCGGCCUCCAUUGGCGGCGGCAGCCAGGUAUCUAACACCGGGCGAACACUUCGUAUCCCCUCGCUCGCGUGGACAACAGCCCUCGCCGGAUCCCUCACUUCCUCUGCCCUAGCCGAAGCCGGCAACCUUCUUAUCUUUUGAAAGCAGUAAGAAAGAAGUCCCAAACGAAACCUUAAACUCAUGGACAACAGGAUUAAACUUUGGUAAUGAACAACCCCUUCGACUUCCCUACCAGUCCCGUGCCCGUCCCCGUCCCUGCCCCCGUCUCGUUCCCGAACUCGAAGCUUGACCGCUAGCUCGUCGUCUCCGACGAAGGCUUCUUACCACAGAAGGCACUCAUCGUCUUUGGUGUCGUACCCCUCUAUUCUCGUCUACAACGUUGGUCUCCUUACGGGAAUAAUUCAAAUGUAGUUUUUCCUGAAAGGUCAAUUGAUUUUGAUAUUAUCUUUGAUUUUGGGAGUUCGUCUGCAAGAAUUCCUGAUGGCUGGGUUAGAGGAACUAAAGAAAAAACUUCAGCCUUUAUUUGCUGCAGAGAUUGGACCUUCCAUGGGAUUAUCUAUGGAUCCUUAUGACUCAUACAUGGUAUCAAAUGAAGGAGCUGUCGAUUUAUUGAGCAAGUCUUAUGGAGUUUACAGCUUUUCUGAACACGGCUUGGAGAAGCGAACAAGUGGGAUUUUAGAUGACAUAGACAAUAGUGAACAAGCAUAUCGUUGUUCUUCCCGUGAGAUGCAUGUGUUUGGAGCCAUCGGGUGCGGUUCAAGCAGUGUUGUUUACAAGGCCAUUCAUAUAACAAUUCACAGAAUUUUAGCCUUGAAGAGGAUUAACGUAUUUGAAAAGGAGAAAAGGCAACAGCUUCUAAAUGAGGUAAAAGCACUAUGUGAGGCAGCUUGCUUUCAAGGACUUGUUGAAUUUCAUGGGGCAUUUUAUACCCCUGAGUCUGGGCAGAUAAGCAUCGCACUAGAAUAUGUGGAUGGAGGUUCACUUGCAGAUGUUCUGUUGUUAAAAAAGUCUGUACCUGAACCAGUUCUUUCGCACAUGGUUCAUAAAUUAUUACUUGCACUGGGAUAUUUACAUGGAGAAAGACGUUUGGUUCACAGAGAUAUAAAGCCGGCAAACUUGCUCAUAAAUCUCAAAGGCGAGACAAAGAUUUCUGAUUUUGGCAUAAGUGCAGCUUUAAACAACUCAGUAGCUAUGUGUGAAACUUUUGUCGGAACUGUUACAUACAUGUCGCCUGAGAGAAUCCAAAAUGAGAGUUAUUCAUAUUCUGCUGAUAUCUGGAGCUUUGGUUUAGCCAUGUUUGAAUGUGCCACUGGCAAAUUUCCAUAUUCAGCAACUGAAGGAGCUGUCAAUUUGAUGUUACAAAUUAUGUAUGACCCAUCACCUUCUCCUCCUAAGGACUCAUUUUCACCAGAGUUCUGCUCCUUCAUUGAUGCUUGCCUUCAUAAAGAUCCUAGUGCUAGACCAAGAGCAGAUGAGCUUCUGACUCAUCCAUUUAUAAAAAAGUAUGAGAAAGAGAGCGUGGAUUUGGCUGCAUAUGUUCGAGAAGUUUUUGAUCCAGUUCAGAAAUUGAAAGACAUGGCUGAUAUGCUUGCUGUACACUAUUACUUGCUGUUUAACGGGGCUGAUGGACAGUGGCAUUAUGCCAAAAGAUUCUAUGACGAGACAUCAGUUUUCAGAUUCUCAGGAAAGCAGUUUCGCGGUCAAAAUCAUAUAUUUCCAGCUCUUACUGAUAUAAGGAGAAAAUUAGCCGGCGAUCGGCCUCGCCAAAGACUCGUCCAUGUCGUCGAAAAGCUCCAUUGCCGUGCCCAUGGAGACGAUGCAAUCGCAAUCCGUGCUUCGGGAUCUUUCAUCAUUGGCAAUCAGUUUCUCAUAUGUGGCAAAGGCGUACAGGCAGAGGGCAUGCCAAACAUUCAAGAAAGCUCCCUUGAUUUGGCUAAUAAGAGGAUGGGCACUUUUCAAGAGCAGUUCAUCAUGGAACCAGGGAGUUCUAUUGGAGUUUUCAUAAUAACUGACCAAGAACUCUACAUUCAAGCUUGAGAUUCCAUGGUAAAUUUACAUAUAUACCCUAAAAUAUUUAUGUAUUUAUACAUCUAACAUCUAACAUCUAACUCUUUAUAUUUAUUUGUAUAAUGCAUUAGUAUGUGAGUCACAUGAAAACAUGUGCAUUGGGAGAUAAGUUAAUAUUUAGUAAAAGGUUAGGCUAUUAUAUAAGGAAAUAUAAAAAUUGAAGUGGUAGAUUUGUAAAUAAGAAUUAAGUGGUAUAUAUAUGUGUAAAUCUCCCAAAUAAAUGUGAAAAAUCUGUUCAGGCAUAAGAACCUUGCAUGAUUAUAUGUUAGCUUUUUUUAUUUUAUUUUAUUUUUUUUAAUUUUAAGGGAUAGUGUUUCAAGAACUGAUUUUCUGCAUGUUAGCUGUAAAGUGUUUGGGUACUUGUAUAUGAAUUUAUGAUUUUUAAGCU